GUCUUAUCAAUCAGCGCUUCUUUGCCAAACCUCAAUCACUUCAGUUUGUCGUCUUUUGUGAACAAUUUCUUAUUUAGAUAAAAAGCUAUUGACAUGUCUUUUGCGGAAGUUGACAAGCUUUUUGAUACGGAGAACGUGCAAUCCGGUUACGACACUCUCAAAAAGCGAUUCGACGAGGGCGAAAAGACACCGGAUGUCCUUUGGAGGCUUGCCAAAUUUUGUCAGCAACUCUCUGCUCGGUCGAAGGAUAAAGGGAAGAGAAAG